AGUAUAUAUACACCCUCUUAGAAGAGGAUCCUAAAAAAGAUAGGCAUUAGACUGUUCAAAGAUGACGUAUUUUGUUAAAAUCUUGAUUUUGAUGUUAGCAUGUUUUGCACAAGCAGUACCGCCACCCAUUCCUUCACAAAAAUGUACAGAUAGACUUGAUGAUUUAGUAGAAGAAUUCACUUUACAAGAGACAAUACCAGAUUUUGAAAGUUAUGUACAAGAAGACAGAUUGACGAGAGGGCUUAAUUUUGAUCCAAGAAUGGUAGAUGAUUAUUGUGGCUUGUUUCGCAGGAUUGUUCCAUUUUACGAAAACAACAUUGCAGCUUUGAGAAUUUUGUGUAACACUGGACAACCAAGACGUUAUUUAGAUGUAAUGGCGCAUAUAAAGAACGUUGCCAUGUCAUUUUGUGAAGACGAGAAAAUGCAAGAUAUAAAAGCCCUUCUGACAUGUUCUAAUAACAACCUUAUAGCACAGCAAGGAUUUGCAGGUUGUAUUCAAGGUGCUGUACGUGGUUUAGUUUAUAGUAGACCUGAUUCGCCCAGUUGUGCAGAAGACGAUCCUAAAACCUGGUUCACAACCGUAGUCAACAGUAUAAAGUCAUGUAGUUGUCAGUUUGAUUCGUGCGCACCAGAAAGUACAAAGUCUAUAAAAGAAAUGGUUACAGGUCAUCUAGAUGACGCAUGUGUAAUUGUUAAAAAUGCGGUACUGGGAGAGUAGCGUAUCACAAUCUCGGAUUUAAUCAGAUUGG